AGCUGCUUCAGGGAGACAGGAGGUGCAGACAUGAUCACACUCUGUGUCACUCUCAUCGUGUUAGGGGAAGUAUAUACCACACAUGCGAACACUGUUGUUCAGCCCAAUGUCACAAUGGCAGCUGCGAUUGGAGAAACUGUGACUCUAACCUGCAUCUACCCCACUGAUGAUUUCAGCUCCAUCUUCUGGUUCAGGCACACCAUUGGACAGCAGCCUCAGUACAUUGUAGGAACAUACAAGGUUUCAACGGAUUAUCUAUCUUACAAUGGCUUUAAUGAUACCCAACGUUUCACUGUACAAAAAGAAGAGAGAAUGUUUAACCUGCAGAUUUCAAGGAUACAACCGUCGGAUUCAGCAACAUAUUACUGUGCAACGCUCCAACGGAUUGAAGUUACAUUUGGAGGUGGAACCUUUUUAAUAGUUCUGGAGGGCUCACAGUCUAACAGCAGGACAGUAGUGCAGCAGCCCGUGUCUGAGCCACUGCAGCCAGGAGACUCUGUGACUCUGCAGUGUACAAUACACACUGAGACCUGUGCAGGAGAACACAGUGUGUACUGGUUCAGACAGGGCUCAGGAGAGUCCUCUCCAGGAGUCAUUUACACCCAUGGAAACAGCAGUGAUCAGUGUGAGAGGACCUCUGGGGCUGGGUCUCCUACACAGAGCUGUGUCUACAAGCUCCCCAAGAGGAACCUCAGCCCUUCUGAUGCUGGGACUUACUACUGUGCUGUGGCCACCUGUGGGGAGAUCCUGUUUGGGAACGGGACCAGGCUGGAUGUUGAAGUUCUUCAGAAAACGCACGAUAUGCCAGAUGAGGACAGAUCAAAUGGGCAGGACUGUGCAGCAGACUCUCUGCACUACGCAGCGCUGAAUCACAGCGGUAAGAGAGUGAAAGCUGAGCGGCAGAGGAGACAGACGGAGGGAGACACUGUGUACUCUGACGUGAGGAGCCGCGGAUGGGAGUGAAACACA